GCCCAUGGCGCGGCUGGAGCUGACUUCUCCAGGAUGGAGGCGGAAUGCGCCGGAGUCCCAUGGGUCAGAGCUGCCCACGAUGCCGCGCGCUCGCAUGAAUGGCAUCGGCGUCGAAGACCUGCAGUACUCCGUGGCGCGGGGCCACACCGCGUCUGAGCUGG